CAUGCUGUAAGGUGGAUAUGAAGUGAAAAGUGUAUUUAUCAUUUUUUUUCCUCCUUUUUUUUGCUUUUGUUGCCUUUUUGCCUGCACGCUCACAGGACGCGCUCGGCCGGGGUCUUUCUCACUCGGAUGCCUUUUGAGGCGAGAAAAAGCGAAACAUAUUCCACUUUUAUUUCUGCUCCAACACCAUGCCCGCUGCACGCGUGCGUCCGUGCCCGGAGAAUGGAAGCGCAUGACGGGAUAUUCUCGCACUUUUGCCCGCCGAUACCCGGCUCCACUAAAACGGUCCGAUUGGAUUUUAUAACCCGGUGCACCUACUCAUCACAACCGCAAUAAUACUAAUUCGCGGUAACAACUCGUAGCGCGGCGAGAGUUGCCUCCGUUUCCCUGCUUUUUUUUCCGUGUGUGAUGGUAAAGACGCAGCCGCGGCUUCGCUCCGUGAAAUUUAGACCCACUGCUGCACCUUUACACUGUCCCGUGUGCUCGCACGCACAUUGUCACACACGCGAACUGAGCAACUUCAGCGGGUUUUUCUCUGUAGGAUGUCGCGCCGCAAGCAAGCUAAGCCAAGAUCACUGAAAGAAGACAAUGUGACAGAGGACCAGCACAGUCCCGGGCAGACUGCCAUUCCGAGCGAUCCAGAGUGCGCCCUCGAGAGGGCGGCGGAGGAUGGUGAGACCGGUCGUCUGAGGAAGAGGCUGCUUUCUCCAGAGGAAGGCGAAGAAGGAGAGGAGGAGGACGAGGAGCCGGCGCUGCACAGCUGCGACAGCUGCCGGCAGGUGUUCGAGUCGCUGAGCGAUCUCACCGAACACAAGAUUAAUCAAUGCCAGCUGACAGACGGUAUUGAUCUUGAGGACGACCCAUCGUGUUCUUGGCCAGCAUCAUCUCCCUCCAGUAAGGAUCAGACUUCUCCAGGACAUUGCGAAGACUAUGAUUUUGGCGAGGAUGAAGGGGGCCCUGGUCUGCCAUACCCGUGCCAGUUCUGUGACAAGUCCUUCAGUCGCCUAAGUUUCCUGAAACGUCACGAGCAGAGUCACGGUGAUAAACUCCCUUUCAGUUGUACCUUUUGCAGCCGACUGUUCAAGCACAAGCGCAGCCGGGAUCGACACGUGAAGCUCCACACCGGCGAUAAGAAGUAUCACUGUGGUGAGUGUGACUCUGCCUUCUCCCGCAGUGAUCACCUUAAAAUCCACAUGAAAACUCACGCCUCCAACAAACCCCACAAGUGCCCCGUGUGCCGCAGAGGCUUCCUUUCCUCCAGCUCUCUUCAUGGACACAUGCAAGUACACGAAAGGGGCAAAGACGGCAGCACCUCCAGCCUUUCUAGAGCUGAUGAUUGGAAGUUGAAAGAAACACGCAAAUGCGGCCGUUGUGAGGAGGGCUUUGAUGUUCCAGAGGAGCUCCAGAGGCACAUCGCUGAGUGCCACCCAGAGUGUUCGCCAUCAGAGGACGGAGGCCUAGGCGCGACCCUGCAGUGCAUCUACUGCCAUGAGCCCUUCAGUGAUGAGGGCACCUUGCUGACACACAUCAACCAGGCCCAUAGUAGAGACAGAAAGGGCCACACCUGUGCUAUUUGCUCCGACCACUUUCUGUCUGUUGAGGACCUCUAUGCUCACAUGGACAUUCACCAGCUCCCUGAGUCAAGUAACCAUAGCAACAGCCCGUCCUUGCUAACAGUGGGUUACACCUCUGUUUCAAGCACAACUCCUGACUCCAACCUCUCCGUCGACAGCUCCACAAUGGUGGAGACCGCGCCGCCUGUGCCCAAGACAAGGGGAAGGAGAAAGAGGGCAGCUCAAAAUACAGACAUACGAGGACGUUCCUCCAAACAGCCGAAAGUCUCCUACAGUUGCAUGUACUGCAACAGGCAAGUAUUCUCCAGUUUGGCUGUGCUGCAAAUUCACCUGCGAACCAUGCACCUGGACAAGCCAGAGCAGGCUCAUACCUGCCAGUUUUGUUUGGAAGUUCUGCCUUCUUUACUAAAUCUAAAUGAACAUCUCAAGCAGGUCCACAAUGCAGAAGAUCAUGCUAGUCUGUUAGUCAGCUUACCUGAUGCCCUUCUUCAGUGCAACUUCUGCCCUGAGGUGUUGAGUGACCUCAACGGACUCCAGGAACACAUCCGCUGCUCUCAUGGCUUUCCUAGUCCUGUGGCAAAAGAGAGCAAUGCCUUCUUUUGCCCCCAAUGCUUCAUGGGGUUCUUGACGGAGACUACCUUGGAGGAACAUGUUCGUCAGACUCACUGUGAUGGGGGAAGCCUGCGUUUUGACUCCCCCAUGAUUGUAACUCCCAAGGAGCCUAUAGUAGAAGUGUACUCCUGUUCUUACUGCACCAAUUCCCCCAUAUUCAACAGUGUUCUGAAGCUCAACAAGCACAUCAAGGAGAAUCACAAGAACAUUCCACUUGCACUGAACUACAUCAACAAUGGAAAGAAAUCUCUACGCACUCUCAGCCCAUCUUCUCCAAUAUCUGUGGAAGCUACCAUGUUUAAACAAGGCAGCUCACGUACUUCCAGUGAGUUCAUAUGUAACCAGUGUGGAGCUAAGUAUACCAACUUAGACCUUUUCCAGACUCACCUGAAAACUCACCUGGAUGGCAUGCAGCCUCAGCUGACCUGCCCACAGUGCAACAAAGAGUUCCCCAACCAAGAGUCCCUGCUAAAGCAUGUGACAAUUCACUUCACUAUUACCUCCACGUAUUACAUCUGUGAGAGCUGUGACAAGCAAUUCACCUCAGUGGAUGACCUGCAGAAGCACCUACUUGACAUGCAUACCUUUGUGUUCUUUCGUUGCACUCUGUGCCAAGAGGUCUUUGACUCUAAGGUGUCUACCCAGCUCCACCUGGCUGUAAAGCACAGCAACGAAAAGAAGGUGUAUCGUUGUACCUCCUGCAACUGGGACUUCAGGCAUGAGACCGAACUACAGUUACAUGUAAAACACAGCCAUCUGGAAAACCAGGGCCGUGCGCAUCGCUGUAUUUUUUGUGGAGAAUCCUUUGGCACAGAGGUGGAGCUGCAGUGCCACAUCACCACGCACAGCAAGAAGUAUAACUGUCGCUUCUGCAGUAAGGCCUUCCAUGCCAUCGUCCUGCUGGAGAAGCAUUUGAGAGAGAAACACUGUGUGUUUGAGGGAAAGACGCAGAAUUGUGGUGCUAAUGGCUCUGCUAUAAGUAAUGUGGAUGGCCAACCUAAAGAGGAUCCUGAACUACAUGGUCUCUUAAAUAACAGCCAUGGCCCAGGGACAGUAGUAGGAUCUGUUGUGGAGUCCCACAACAGCCGUGAUGUAAGUGAGGAAGAGGUGGAAACUGCAGAUCCCAUGUUUGGUUGUGACAUCUGUGGGGCGUCUUACACCAUGGAUUCACUCCUCACUAACCACCAGUUGAGAGACCACAAUAUUCGCCCUGGUGAGAGUGCCAUGGUAAAGAGGAAAGCUGACAUGAUCAAGGGCAACCAUAAGUGCAAUGUCUGCUCCCGCACCUUCUUCUCUGAGGCUGGGUUGAGGGAACAUAUGCAGACCCACCUUGGGCCUGUCAAACACUACAUGUGUCCCAUCUGUGGGGAGCGCUUCCCUUCCUUACUUACCCUGACUGAGCACAAGGUCACUCAUAGCAAGAGUCUGGACACAGGAAGCUGCCGCAUUUGUAAGAUGCCACUGCAUAGUGAGGAGGACUUCCUGGAACAUUGCCAGAUGCACCCUGACCUAAGGAACUCCCUGACAGGUUUCCGCUGUGUGGUUUGCAUGCAGACAGUCACCUCCACAUUGGAGCUGAAGAUCCAUGGUACAUUUCACAUGCAAAAAACUGGCACCAUGACCCCCAACCAAACCAUGGUCCGAAACAGUGGCGCCAUUCACAGCCAGCAGCUGCACCUUCCCCAGAAACUUUUCAAGUGUGCUUCUUGUCUGAAAGAUUUCCGGUCCAAACUAGACCUUGUGAAGCUGGACAUAAACGGCCUGCCUUAUGGACUCUGUGUGUCAUGUGUGGCCGCAGCUGGUUCUAAAAGCUCCAGCCCAACAGUGAAUGGAGGAAGGCAACAACAGCAAGGUGGGGCCUCCACUCCAGCACCAACUACAGGUGCAUGGGUCCAGAGAGAGAGUAUCAGCCCUGGUGACGGGAAAGGCAAAACUGUCUCCUCAUCAUCUUCAUCCUCCUCCACAUCCUCAUUGUCUGCUGCCAAGACAAGAUGCUCCAGCUGUAAUGUGAAGUUUGAGUCAGAAGCAGAGUUGCAAAACCACGUCCAGACGGUGCAUCGAGAACAGGCAGGGGACAGCAACAGCGGGCAGCUCAAGACCCCCCAGGUGUCCCCCAUGCCUCGAGCCAGCCCCUCACAAACUGAAGAGAAGAAGACAUACCAGUGCAUCAAAUGUCAGAUGGUGUUCUACAGCGAAUGGGACAUCCAAGUUCAUGUGGCCAACCACAUGCUGGGCUUACUUUCUGGAUCACAUCACCAAAUAGAGGAAGGACUGAACCAUGAAUGCAAGCUCUGUAGUCAGUCGUUCGACUCACCAGCGAAGCUCCAGUGCCACCUGAUCGAGCACAGCUUUGAGGGCAUGGGAGGGACGUUCAAGUGUCCUGUCUGCUUCACAGUGUUUGUCCAGGCCAAUAAGCUCCAGCAGCACAUCUUCUCUGCCCACGGCCAGGAGGAUAAGAUCUACGACUGUUCGCAUUGCCCGCAGAAGUUCUUCUUCCAGACCGAGUUACAGAACCACACGUUGACUCAGCACAGCAGCUAACAUGGCAGAGAUCAGCGGCCGGAGAAGAAGGAUCACGUGAGGCAGAGAAUGUCGGACCGCCAAUUACCGUCAGUGCAGUUUUUUCCCGCUGACCGUCUUGCACUGAACUUUCAAUUCAGUUUCACCACAAGGAACCCACGCCACAGCAAGAGAAAAAAAAAAGAAGCAAAGAAAAAUAACAGAAAGAGGGGGUAAGAACAUAAAAGAGCCCUCUCCGUUCUUCACCGACCAUUAUUUCAAAAAUAAAGAAAAAGCCAACGUGUUUGUACAUAGAAUUCUUCAUGUGUUGCUUAACUACAGCUAUAUUGCAAUCUUAUACAGUAUUUGCCAAUGUACAGUUCGAAAUGUUUGUCCAAAAGAGAGAUGGGGGGGGAGAAAAAAGAAAGAAGAUCAAUAACAUUGUUAAUCAGAUCAGAUGUGACUCAACCAGUUGUGUGAAGGAGAAACGGAGAGCCGCUGAGAGAGCAGGGGUCUGUGGGAGCCGGCAAGUGUUGUCAGGAGGAAACUCUUUUCAUCAGCUCCUACUGCGCAGCGUGUCACUCUGCAUCCUGACACGGCCAAUCAUUACGGGGUCGGCUCGAUUCAGAGGCUGAGAUCUUGUCCGUGUGUCUGUCCUAACGCGGCCACACCAGAGGACCAGCUGAGAACGGCGGUGCGACUAAUCUGCGCUGCCUGUGCUGGCGUUCAGAUGAGAAAAAAAAAAAAGAAUAACAGCCAACACAGAGGAGAGAAAAACAGGACAGGAUGCUGAUAUAUGCAAACGCAGUGACACAGAUUAGGAAAAGGCUAGCUCCUCUGGUUGGCUCGUGAGACAGAAGCUCCCAUGUGGCUCUCAGAGCAUGGGGGGUAAUCUUCAGCCCACUGACUCAACCUGUACAUUUCUGUUGUUAAUGUUUACUGCUCUUUGAAGCCUGGAGAUUACUGGAUUUUGUUUUUCCUAUUCUGUUUUGUUAAUCUCUACAUGUUUUUCACAAUGGUGGGAGUAAAUCCGUUCGGAUUCGGGGUCACGAAGACUGAACGCCAUGUCAGUCCGUCUCGGGGAUCCACCGCGGUCACAGGACCCGGUCCCCGGCUCUCCUGGAGAGCGCCCGAGUGCCCGUCUCCCCUUUUCUGUUGCAGUAUCCCAUCGCUCUCUGCUCCAGCUGGAAGCCACUGUGGUGUCGCGGCACCACACAAAACUUUAAACCAUUCUGUUAUGUAAAUGUUUUGCAUUCAUUGAACCUGAGAUGCACUUUUGUAUGAAACUUUAAUGUUUUGACAUUUUGACUGAGAAAUGUUCGUACACAGUUUACAGGAAAUCACCAUCUCCUGCAGCUAGAGGACCGUUAUCUCCGAUGUUAUUAAAAUGUAUUGUAUAAAAUAUGGAGUUCUGUAUUUGGCAGACCUCGUUUUUUUUUUUGUGUUGCACAUGUGAUGGAAAUAUUAAAAAACUGUAUGAGGA